AUGAUUGUCCGCAUCCUGGAAAACGUCGACGGGGGCUAUCUCGCGCCGUUUGGCACCUAUAAGCUGAACUUGAACUACCUGACCGACGUCGUGCGGGACUUGAUCAUCCACCGCCAGCUCGCCCCGUUCUACACCCCGUUACAGGACUACGACCCGCUGUGGCUGGACGAGGAGCUUCUCAUCAUCGUGUCCCAGUUGCCAUUGCACCUGAUUGACUUGGCGUACUCUGAGGACGAAGAAGACGACAUCGACAACCACAAGAUCCACAAGCUGCAGAACUACUACCGGCGCCAGGAGCUGAAGGCCAAGCUCAAGGCGCUUAAGGAAAGAGUGAAGCAAUUACAGCGCCAGGAAGAGGCGAUGAUGGACGAGGAGAAGCUAAAAUGGCGGCAGAAGCUCGCUGGCGACACCUCAGUGAGAGUGAGCGAAGACGUGCCCAACCCCGACCUCAUGUUGACGCUAUAUCGCCGGCUGGGAGAAUGCCCGAUCUGCUUCCUCUACUACCCAUUCCCCCUUAACAUUCUGCGCUGCUGCAUCCAGCCCAUUUUCACCGAGUGCUUCGUGCAAAUCCGCCGCUUAGACCCCCACCCCCCUCACGACGACCCUGCUGGCCAGGACGAAACCCCCCACCUGCUAAUCUCUGAGCCAGCGAACUGUCCCUACUGUGCCCUGCCUGAGUUUGGCGUUACCUACCACCCGCCCACUGACAUUCUGGUGGGGAUCGGCGGUCGCUGUAAGCCUGGGCGCUUCAGCAAGACCACUACUGGCGGCGAUGAGUGCGCCGUGGCCAGCGACGACGACUCGGGGCACGGUCUGCUGACGGCUAGUCCGCCCGCCGGCAGCUACGGCAAGCGGCGCGAGCUGUUGUCGGCGAACGCCCCCGGGGUGAUCACCAUCGACACCAUCCGCCCUGACUGGGAGCAGAAGUUGACGUCGGCCCGCAGCAAGCUUGCCCGUAAAGCCGCCACUGCCACCGCCAUCCACGCGUCGAACUUGUUGAUCAACGACCUGGGGAGAGGUUCAAGCAGCAGCCGCCAACAGAACUUGGUGCUGGUGGAGGAGCGCAUGAUCGAGGAGGCGAUGCGCCUAAGUAUCAUUGACGAGGAGGAGAGAAAGCGCAAGCAACAGGUAAAGAAAUAA